GCCCUCCUCGCUGCGCGCGCCGCUCUCCCUGUGCUGGCCGAGCUGGGAUUAUUGCGCGCUGCCGGUCCGUGUCUGUAGAGUGAGGGAAGCUGGAGCGGCUCUGUCAGUGCGCCUGUCACUCAGUGAGUGUGAGUGGGAGUCCCCGGGGGGGGGGCGGGAGCACGCUGACCGAGGCAGCUUUCCGGGGAGUGCAGCCCGCUGUGUGAGGAGGAAGGGGGGGACACGGAGUCCAUCAGAGAGCCAUGAGCAUCGAGAUCCCGGCCGGCCUCACCGAGCUGCUGCAGGGCUACACGGUGGAGGUUCUGCGCCAGAGGCCGCCCGACCUGCUCGACUUCGCCGUGCACUACUUCACCCGCCUGCAGGACAGCCGGCAGCAGGACGGAGCCCGGGCAUGCUCCUUCCGGCCUCACACCCGCGGCGUCAACUUCGAUGGCGAGACCGGCCACAGCGAGUCCAACGGCGAGCAGCAUGACGGCGAGCACGACGAGGACGACGAGGACGAUGACUCUGACUUUGAACCACCAGUUAUCAACAGAUAUAACCGAAGAGUAUCGGUAUGUGCUGAAGCAUUUAACCCAGAUGAAGAGGAUGAAGAUACAGAACCAAGGGUUGUUCACCCCAAAACAGAUGAGCAAAGGUGCAGAUUGCAGGAGGCUUGUAAAGAUAUACUACUCUUCAAAACCCUUGACCAGGAGCAGCUCUCUCAGGUGCUUGAUGCAAUGUUCGAGCUGCGUGUAAAACCUCAGGAACAUGUUAUUGACCAGGGGGAUGAUGGAGAUAACUUCUAUGUUGUGGAACGAGGACUGUAUGAUAUCUUUGUAGAGCGAGAUGGACAAUCGCGCUGUGUGGGCAGAUAUGAUAAUCACGGCAGUUUUGGAGAGCUGGCACUGAUGUACAAUACGCCUAGGGCUGCAACGAUCGUUGCCACCACAGAUGGUGCUCUGUGGGGACUGGACCGUGUGACUUUCCGAAGAAUUAUCUUAAAAAACAACGCCAGGAAAAGAAAAAUGUUUGAAAACUUUGUUGAGUCCGUACCCAUUCUUAAGUCUUUAGAGUUAUCAGAACGCAUGAAAAUUGUUGAUGUUCUUGGUGAAAAGAUUUACAAGGAUGGGGACCGUAUUAUUGUACAGGGUGAUCUAGCUGAUUGUUUUUUCAUUGUGGAAUCUGGAGAAGUAAAAAUUAUGAUGAAAAGCAAGCAGACAAAAACAGCUCAAGAAAGUAACCAGGAAGUGGAGAUAACUCGGUGUACGAGAGGGCAAUACUUUGGAGAACUUGCUCUUGUUACCAACAAGCCCAGAGCAGCUUCUGCUUAUGCUGUGGGAGAUGUCAAGUGCUUAGUUAUGGAUGUGCAAGCCUUUGAGCGGUUAUUGGGCCCCUGCAUGGACAUUAUGAAGAGAAAUAUCACACAUUAUGAGGAGCAGUUGACGGCACUGUUUGGUUCCAGCAUGGACCUUAGGGAUCCAGGAAAAUAGGCACCAUGUUACCUCAGCGCCUUCUCUGUUCAAGACACAGAAAGAAAUCCUCCUGUCCGCUCCACAACACACAAGGGACACAUAGCACUAUGGAUCUGUAACGGCUGCUGUUGUCUUGGGCAUUUUUUUAUAGAAAAAUAAUAAAAAAAACAAACUACAGCACCAGAGCUCGGGGUAGAAUCCAGUCUAUGCCAUCAUUUUGCUGCUGAGAUAUUUUUAUUGGAUAUCAAAAUCGAUGUGCCUUUCUUUAAUUUCUUCCCUGUUAGAAUGGCAUGUUUGACAUCUCUGUGAAAGUGCCUACUCCACAGCCCAAAGUUUGAAAGUAAUAUAUAGUAAUCUGGUUAACAUCUGAAAGUGUUGAUUGUUUUCCAAGAUGGUUUUAUCGGUAGUUUGGUAUAGACUAUAUAAAAGUUUAUUUUUGUGCACGCCAGUCCAUAUAACACACUUUUUGCCCAAUGCAACUACUGUUUUUAUGUUGCGCUAUGGUGUCUAUCUUUAUAUACUUAGUACUGUAUAUCUUCUUUUUGAAGUUUAUACGUAGGUUAAUACAAACAAAAUAACUCUUAUGCCAACCUAGGCGUGCAAAAUUUGAUUACUUCGAUUUCUAAUAAUAUGCAUUGGCAAUACUGAGUUAGCCUUCACUUUCAAAGAAUCCCCAUGUAAUUAAUAGCUAAAAUGUGUGUCAUUAGGGCAUGAUUGGGUUAGUUAGAGAAGAUGUCAUUUUAAUAUACUAUAGUGUUAAGCAAACUUAAUAUCUAGAUAAAGUUUGUUCUCACUGCAAAUUUUUGUUAAGGUUACACAGACUGAUGGUUCAAGUUAAGCAUGAACAUACUAGUCCCAUAAUAUGGCCAGUGAUAAUGAGCACUUUUGAACCCAUCCAGAUAUCUACAGGUGCAACUAGCCCCUGUAUGUUCUUUAUGCUACUUAUCCAAUUUUAAAGCACUUUUAAUCAAAAAUGUGCAUCUAAGUUUUUUUUUUCUUUUCAUAUUCAUAAUUGUUUUAUGUAUUUUAUUCUACUCGAAUUGGUGGAACAAUUGCUACUGUAGUUUGUCCACCUCUUAAGCAAUUCAAAUUUGUAUUAACACAUCUCUGAAACCUUAGUUUGAUUGACUUUUAUUCACAUAUUAUAUUGAGGGGUGAGGUAUUCACUUUAUUUUUGAAAUGCUUGACUUGUAGAGUUUUUAGUAAGGCUUAACUUAUUCGUUACUGGUGAAAUUGUGUUGUACUGAAGUCUAAGGAAAAGGCUAGUAUUCACAAUAAGGCGAAAGUCCAGUCUGUGAGCUAUUUUGCUGAUGCUUAUUCAACCUCUACUCAUGGGAGACAAUUUUAAGUCCUGAGUGGUGACAUUUUAGGAAAAAUAGAAAAUAAUUUGCUAGUAUAUUUUAGCGGCUUUCUGUGAAGCAAAGUAAAACUUUUUAUCAUGUUUAUCAUGAUUGAUCACCCCGUGUCUCUAAUCAGCAAAUAUUGUUUUAGAACUUAAUGUUAAGUCUAGAAGAUUAUUCAAUUAAACUGUGGGUACGUCUUUGGAUAGUUUUAGUUUCUUCAGUCUCUUUUUGACUUUGUUCUUUGAAGGUGCCGCAGUUCUAGACCACUCCGUGUGAAUGUGGUGGCUUAGAUGUGUCUCGUCUAGUUCAUGCACUGACCGUUAUGCUGACUUUUUAGACCCUAUCCAUGUUGCUAAGUUAUUUUGAUUUGUACGUGAUUCUUAUGUUGGUAAUGAUGCGUCCUGACCACUAAUAUCAAGACUGCAAGAUCUGUAUUAUUUUCUUGGUGUUGUUCAGGCAAAACUAUUUCCGUGGCUGAGAUACUAGUGUCAUCGUAAGCAGUGCCUCUGCUCUGUAACUGCCUUAGGUGGAUUUUAUAGUUCAUACAUACAUAUUUCAUUAGUGUUGCUAGGGCUGCAGUUGGUUUUAAAUUAACUGCAAUGGUCUGUAAUGGUGGUGACCAGUGAAUUCUGCUGCUGGAAGCAAUCCCUGAGCAAUAGUUGCUAGGGGUACUACACAGGAUGUAUGUCUUUUUUUUUUUUUCCUUCUUUGGCAAGGGAAACAUGAUUAGUUUGAUCACAGAACACAAGCCAGGAUAGCUAAUAAGAACUCUCAGCAACAAAGUGUUUGAGGAGGCAAAAUGCUUCAGAUAUAUGUGGGGGAAAUAUUUGUCCUUUCUAAACUGCUUGUAGGUGUGCUGGUGGUGAGAGGACCCUUUUUAUGGUCUUUGGUACCCUGGCAUAUGAUAGUUAUGUUUCUAUGUCACUGCACAGAUUUCACAAUAAAAAAAAUAAAAAUAAAAAAAA